AUGGUCAAUAGAGAAUUUUUGGAUGUUAGAAGAUGCAUCCGAGCACAGUUUGGGCGUGAGAUGCGUGGGAAGAAGAUGACCGUUGAGGCUCUCAUCGUCGUAGGAGGGAAUGAUGGGACACCUGCCCGUUGGGGUUUGCGGGAGGUAAAGAGUGAUAGAAAUUGGGGUACGUACAUGAGGUUUGCAAGCACACCUGGUGCUGCUAUGUACGGAGAGCCCAUGGUGUAUGUUCAGUUUAUAUCAUGUGAUGAUGGUGCCGGAAGCAGUACCGGCGCUGGUGAAGAGGAGAUGGCCAUCAUCACAGGACCGAGCACCGUUCAGUCGGAGCAUUUGGCCCUGACUGCAGCAGGCAUGAUAGGCCAAUCAGAGCAAGCGGCACUGACUGCAGGCCAUAGCUCCGGCCCAUCGGAGCAGAUGGUCGCCCAGUUUGCUGCCGAGCCAGGAUACUGGUCCGCGUUCGUUGACAUUAGCGAGUGUGUGGAGGGACUGCCAGAGGCGUUGGACGAUGACGCUCGUUCUUCUUCGUUUGAAUCCUCCUCGGACGAAGAAGGCGUCGGUCCUUCCCGGAGGGCGGUUGCGGCACCAAUGGACCCUGAGUUCUUAAAAACAAUGACCAUCAGCAAUGAAUUCCGCUCUGUUCCAGGCCUAGGGGAGGCGAGUCUGCAGGUUGGGCAAACUUUCCCAUACAAGGACUCGGCUGACCAAGCAAUCAAGAGGUAUGCGUUGGCCAUAUCUCGGCAACACAGAGUGAAGCAGUCUGAUCGAAGGCAGCUGAAAGUCAUAUGCGUCAAAUUGAAUGAGGAGGGUUGCAGGGGGAGAGUUAUCGCUCGGGUGAGCCCUGGGGUAUGUCAGCCAUGGCAUAUCUCAAAAAUAGAACCCCAUAGCUGCAAGCAAUUGGGGGCUCUCGACAAGCACCGCAACGUCACUGCAAAAUAUGUAUCGCAUAUCAUGCAAGUGGCGGUGGAAGAAGAUAUAACCCUUGGUACAAAGAAGCUGCAAAAAACCGCGGAAGAUCUGAUUGGCUUCCCGGUCAGCUUUAGUAAGGCAAGGCGAGCGAAGGAGGAGAUUUUCCAGAGAUUGUAUGGCACCUAUGAGGAGGCAUAUGAUCUUGCCCCGAGACUACUCCAUCAGAUAGCAGCAACAAACCAGGGGACUCAAGUGGUCAGGAGAGUUCGGCAACACCCUCUGGAGGAAAACCAAGAAAUCCUUGAUCGUUUAUUCUGGGCAUUCCCCCAGACUAUACGUGCAUUCCAUCACUGCCGCCCGGUGCUGUCAAUAGAUGGUACCUUUCUCACAGGAAAGUACAAGGGCACACUCUUGGUGGCGAUCGCAGCUGACGCAAAUAAUCAGCUCUUGCCUAUUGCAUAUGCACUUGUCGGGAGUUGA